AUGAUGCCGAAAAAGAAAGAAUCAGUCGCGAGCUCUAAAGAAGACGCGCCGAUCGACGUGAUCGGCCUGCCCUCCCACAAACGACACAAGAAGCACAAGCACAAAAAGCACAAGCGCAAGCGAGGCACGGACCAAGACGAAGACCAAUCGCCCGCCGCGAGCCCGCAGAGCGGUGGCGAGGGUAGCAGCAGCAAGCCCGCGCUCAAGCUCAAGAUCAAGAUCGGCGGACAGACGGUCGAGAAGAACGUGACCAAGCUGAAACAGCAGCGGCCGCCGCCGCCGGACCCCAGCGAAGCCGAUCUCGCCGAACUCCUGAUGAAACCCAACUCGGGCGAUACGAGCGCAGACAGCGAUGACGAAGAGGAAGCCUGGCUCGAAGCCCUCGAGUCCGGCAGGCUCGAAGAGGUCGACGACGAGCUCCGCAAAAUGAAGGACCCGACCCUGAUGACGGCCAGGCAGCGGGCCCUGCUCGAGAGCAAGUCGCAGAAGGACGAGGUCCCGGCGACGGGGAUGGCGGCGUCCGCGGAGCCCGUCAAAGAGAUGUCCGAGGAGAUGAUUCAGCGGCGGAUGCUGCGGGCCAAAAAGCGGAAGCAGCAGGCCGAAGAGAAGAAAGAGAAGGAGAAGAAGCAGACGAUUGAGCGUCUGCUCAAGAAGUCCGACUCGAGGCUGAGGGCCAGCAAGAAGUUGGCCAAGAAGAGCGAUACUCCCAAGGUGUCGCUGGUCAACACGCAGGCAGGCACGCUGCUCUCGUUUCCCGUCGGCGUUGCGUUCCCGCUGUCGGCAGCCGUGGCCCAGGGGUACCCCGAGAAGACGACGUGCGGCAUUAAGGGUUGUCGGAACCCGAAGAAGUACUCGUGCUCCAAGACAGGCGUGCCCCUGUGCAGCCUCGAGUGCUACAAGACAAACAUGCUGCAGAUGUGCGUCUGAGCGGGCAGCGAGGCUUCCGGGCUACAGCUGCUCCUUGUGUAUAUGUAUAUAAAGUCGGGAAUGCUGAA